AUGGAGGCCAAAGAACAUCAACAGAUGGACGAGGAUUGUGGGAGGGGCCGGAAGACAGAUGAAGAAGACGACGUCGUAGCGUUUGUCGGGUCGCCACGGUUUACACGGAAUGCCGAAAUGAAGUCGAGCGGCCAAGGGCUCUAUCUCGACACAAACCUUGUGAGAGGAAGUGUAUCGCGUGAGGUUCAAGAUGUGCAUGCCGACAACGGGUUUCAGAGACAGGUUGCUGUCGUCACGGUUGUUUUCGACCUACCGGACGGCAGUCAAGCAGACCAGGAGUUCCAACUGGGGCAAACCGUUGAAGUGCUCAAGAGCUUUGUGGAGUCGGAGUUCGGAAUACCCAUGUCUUGUCAGGAGCUAUACCUGGGAUCUGUGUUGAUGAUGGAUCCAAUGACUCUCCUGGACUAUCCGGAGGUUGAUGGCGCUGGGAAUGUUUUGAUCGUAGUUGAAGGAGAAAUGAACGAGGAUACGAAAAAGUAAAAGCAUACCCCGUGGUUAGACUGGGUUUUAUCCUGCGCUUCACGAAGUGCCGAGAGCUAAAUUGAUUGUUGCAGAUUUCCGAUUUUAUGAACCACAUCACAGUUCAAGAUUGAAAAUGUGUGUGUACCAGUCCUUGAGGAAGAGCCAUCAUCGAUCAAGGGAAGCACCUCUCUUGAGCCAAGCCGCUCGGUUCACUGGCCAAUAACGCGCCCUGGCGCAGCCUAUCACGUUCCGAACCGGGAGUGGGCCCCACACAUGAGAAUCAAAACU